AUGUCCGGCCCAGACAGCGAGGCGGCCCUGCGUGAGCGCGGCGAGCACGGCAGCUUUCUCGUCCGCGCCUCCCAGUCCCAACCUGGUCGCUUUGCCCUCUCAGUCCGCUGUGGAGAUGCCAUCUCUCACAUUAUCAUUCGCAACAACGGUGGCUCUUUCGAUGUCGGCGGCGGUGCCUCGUUUACCGAUCUCACCUCCCUCGUGGAAUAUUACAAACGCAAGCCCUUGGUGGAAGCCAAUGGCAACGUUGUGCACUUGCUCAAGGAAACCGAGGAGGAGUUUGGCAAGGCUGGUUUCAAUGAGGAGUUUGAGCAACUCCAGACGAUGGAGCACCAACACAAGUUUGAUCGCAUGGAAGGCGCUCGCAUCGAGAACAAGUCAAAGAAUCGCUACAAGAACAUCUUGCCCUACGAUCACACUCGCGUCAAGCUCCGCAACGUUCCUGAUGGCGUGAUUGGCGCCGACUACAUCAACGCCAAUUUUAUCAACGGCGAAGCGCCAGGCACUGACAAGGCCUACAUUGCGUCGCAAGGCACUAUGCCCGACACGGUGGCUGACUUUUGGCAAAUGAUUGUCGAACAAAACUGCCGUCUGGUUGUCAUGGCCACUAAUCCGGUUGAGAAGGGCAAGCACAAGUGCACGCCUUAUUGGCCUAGCAGCGAACGGCGACCGGCGCGUUUUGGCAAUUAUGUUGUCGAGCUUCUUACGGAAGACAACUUUGAUGCGUACACGGUCCGUCGCAUGAGCGUUGCCGUUGGCGAAGGCGAUCCUCGCGAGAUUUACCAAUACCACUACACGUCCUGGCCUGACCACGGCGUGCCACCCGAGCGUGAAUUUUUGCAGCUUAUCAUGAAAAUUCGCCAGCAUCGCGACCGUCUGCGUAAGAGCAUCCCCGGCCUCGGCCCAACGCUGGUUCACUGCAGGCAAGUACAUGCUAAUCCGCGAGACCAAUUUCAAAGUGCUGGUAUCGGUCGCACCGGUACUUUCUUGGUCAUUGACAUUGUGCUGGACCUCAUCCGCCACUACGGCAUUGACUGCGACAUUGACAUCCAAAGCAUCAUUCACAAGCUGCGUGGACAGCGCUCAGGCAUGAUCCAGACAGCGGCACAAUAUCGCUUCAUCUACAAGGCCGUGAUGGACUACAUCCAAUCCCACAAAAGCCGCCCCUAA